CUUGGCCUCCAAUCUAGGUCCAAAGUCUCCCUUAAGCCCAGGCACUGAGAACGGCUGGAGGCUUCAUACCACUGGGCUCCAUCUCCCCCUCUCAGGGGUUUGGGGCCCAUCUGAAGUCCCAAGACCAAUGGCAAGCAGAGAGGAUGAACUUCGGAGCUGUGCUGUAUGUGGGGACAGGGCCACUGGCUAUCACUUCCAUGCCUUGACCUGUGAGGGUUGCAAAGGGUUCUUCAGGAGAACUGUCAAGAAGGGCAUGGGACUCACUUGUCCUUUUGAACAAUGUUGUGAGGUCAGCAAAAACCAGCGGCGCCACUGCCCAGCUUGCAGGCUACAGAAAUGCCUCGAUGCAGGCAUGAGGAAGGACAUGAUCCUGUCAGCAGAAGUCCUGGCACAGAGACGGGCAAAGCAGGCACAAAAGCGGGCAGAACAGGAACCUACGCAGCUGACUCAGAAGCAGGAGGCAUUAGUCCAGGUGUUGCUGGGGGCUCAUGCCCGCCAUGUGGGCACCAUAUUAUUUGACCAGUUUGUGCAGUUCCGGCCCCCAGCCCACCUGUUCUUCCACAACCAGCCGGCGCCCCCCCAGCCGCCUGUCCUGCCAUUGCUCAUACACCUGGCAGACAUCAGCACCUUCAUGGUACAGCAAGUGAUCAAGUUUACCAAGGACCUGCCCCAUUUCCGGUCUCUGCCCAUGGAAGAUCAGAUAUCCUUACUGAAGGGCGCAGCCCUGGAAAUCUGCCACAUCGAGCUCAACACCAUUUUCUGCCCCUACAGCCACGCUUUCCUGUGCGGACCUCUCCGCUAUACCCUCCGGGACGCGGCUCAUGUGGGCUUCCAGGAGCAUUUUCUGGAGGAGAUGGUUCGUUUCCACAUGACACUGAGGCGAAUGCAGCUGCAGGAGCCCGAGUAUGCGCUUAUGUCGGCCUUGGCCCUCUUCUCUCCAGACCGACCUGGCGUGACCCAACGGAAGCAGAUUGACCAGGUGCAAGAGGAAAUGGCGCUGACGCUUCACAGCUACAUCAGGGGCCAGCAAGCUCGGCCCAAAGGCCGGUUCUUGUAUGCAAAGAUGCUUGGGGUACUGGCAGAACUUCGACGUCUCAGCAUGGAAUACGAGCGCCAGCUGCAGCAUAUUCACGAGCUGUUUGCCAUGAUGCCUCUGCUACAGGAAAUCUGCAGCUGAGAUGCUGCCCGCCCCCACCCCCCAGCACGUCCUCACCUAACAACCUGUCCCUACCCACCCACCAGGGAGAUUCCCCAUACAUCUACUCUAACAAUAGCAGCAGCUAGCCCUGCCUUCACCUCUGCAUGGUUCCUACAGGGCCAUGAAGGUAUUUGUGUCCAGAUCCAAAGUCAAGACCAGCAGUAAGAAAGAGGUCCAGGGGCCACACACCCCACCCAAGGUGAACAAUGAAUGACUAAGGCAACACCGUUUCUUCAUGCUGCUGUCGAGGAAGGGCCAUAUAUUCAUUCAUUCAUUCUCUAGUCUGCACAGGGAAGGGGUCAGAGCUGGUUUCACAAGUGAAGCAGUGCCCACUGGAUACAGGCUGAAGCAGCCACAGCCCUGUUCCCUACUCCAGCACUAGACCCAGAGCUGAUGAGUAGGAUGGUAUUUGUACCCACCUAGGUUUCUUAGCUCUGCUGAGGGUCAGUGAGGAAAAGGAUUGGCUUUAAUACACAGGGAUGGAAGAAAGCAAUCAGACAUAAUCACAGCCCUCCCCCUCAGUCCAGAGCCUGCCAGACUCAAGGGCUUGGAGAGGAAAGCAGUCAGGCUAGAGUUCUGGGGGAUAGACAGGAGAGCCUCCCAUCCUGCCCAUUUUGAUAGCUCCACUUAGCAGGGGGGCUCUGUCCAGGUCCCCACUUGUCCAAUGGAGUCACACUGAGCAAACUGGUCUCUGGGGAAAGACCCAGACCCUGGCUCUCUCUCUAUCUCUCUCUCUCUGAUGGCUUCAAGUGGUCAGGGGAGCCAUCUCCAGCUUUCUCAUCCCACAGUGAUGCUGAAGCCACAGUGAAAUCUGUUACGCCAGUGAUUGAGGAAGGCUCCAAGUGCCAGGGUGACAGGCAGAGGGGGCAUCUUCUUCUCUAACACAGCAGCAACACACCAGUUGCUAUCCACGAGGCCUGCAAAAAAUAAUACAGACUAUCAGAGAAGGGAGCCAACAUCAUACCUUGGGGGUGGGAGGGAGAGCAUAAUAGAUAAGCAUCCUUAAGUCAGUCAAUAAAUACACAUAUAUAUAUA